AUGAUGAAGAAGGCUUGGGAUGGUUAUGUAAAUUUUGCCUGGGGAUCUAAUGAGUUGCGUCCACAAUCAAAAGGGCCGCACAAUCCUGAUGUCCUCGGUACUAUUCCAAUGGGGGCCUCUAUUAUCGAUGGCAUGGACACACUCUACAUAAUGGGUAUGGAUCAGGAAUUUGAAGCAGCUACCACUUGGGUGAAGAAUGCACUUGCUUUUGAUAAGCAACCUAGCCUUACAUUUUUCUAA